AUGCGGUUCAGGGUGGAGCUGAACACAAGUUACUUCUACUUCCGGGCUGGACCAAGAGGGCUGCCGGCCCCGGGACUGGUGGCCAAAAGGGAUCUUUUGAGAAGAAGACUGGGAAAUGAGACAACGUCUUCUCGGCAACAGCAGCGCCCAAGGUGCCCACCCCAGUAGCCCCAGCAGCAGCAGGUGAAGCAGUCCUGCCAGCCAUCCCCAGUCAAGUGUCAAGAGACCUGCUCACCCCAAACCAAGGAUCCAUGUGCUCCCCAGGCCAAGAAGCAACGUCCACCCAAUGGCAUGGACCAGCAGGAGUGCCCCUCAGCCCAGCAAGCCCCCAAGAAUAAACAGAAGUGAAGACACACUGGGCAUUGCCACCUGCC